UUGGUCGCUUUAAUAUCGGCGCAUCUUUUUAAUUCCGUAGAUUUCCACAAAAAGUUGAAGUGUGUGGACUGGUAUUUCCAUUUGAAGGGAUGAUAUUCUAGUUAGAGAAAUUGUGCGAUUGCAUUGGUGACGGCGGAUAAAAAGUUAGUUAAAAUGUCAUCUUGUAAUUUAAUUUUCCGCAGAAAAAAUCCCCUUUUUAUUCGCAAUUGUGGUUAAACAAAUCGCCUCAAGCUUUUGUGUCUCUCUUGUGCCGCAAUGAAGAGCCGAUUACGUGCCGCGGCUCACCUCUUCAAAAGACCCAUUUUGGCCUGAAGUUUAAACACGAUUUUAACGAAUCGAUACAUCAAAUUAUGCACUUAUUCGAUAUGCUCGGAGAUCAUUACACGAAUAUUAACAUCAGCUCUCAUGCCGUGACCGGUGGUAUAAUUAUGUGGUCACUUUUAAGUUACAAAAAGGUUGAAUUCUUUCAACAAUUUUCAAUUAUUUGCUAUUAUGAUUGAGCUUCGUUAUACUUCAUAUUAACGAGUUUAUAUCAAACACUUUGAGCAAACGAUCAAAAAAUAUCAAAUGUUUGAGUGAAACAAGCAAGAAAACAUUAUCUUAAGGCGCUGAUUACUACAAAAAAAUUAUUCGGCAUACGAAUUGCUUAAUUUUCUGAUAUGAAAUGCAGCAACCGACGUCUGAUAGAAGAUUCAAAAUGCAUUAGCACGAUCGCACGAAAGAGGAAACAAUAUGAAUCAAAUCAAACUCUUUCUUCCGGUAAUUUCUUCGACUCUUGCCAUCUAAAAGCUGAGCCAAAACUGGGAUCAUUCCAAAAUGUAUGUCGCGCAUCAAUAACAUCUUCAUUAAAUUUUCUACUUUUGAUUAUUAACUUUUUGUCAAACUCUUUAAUUAGUUUCAGUGCAAAAACUUGCCAAAACUUUUUCAAAAGUUUCUACUUUCAAGCGAUGAUUAUUAUCUCAGGAAUAAUUUGCGCGUCAGAUUGUAUGUAUAUGCCAAUCUCAAAAAGUGCUGAAACAAUCCAAGAUUCUGUAAGCUCCAAGGAUGCUUUACAUGCAAACUUGAUCUCUAAGCUCGUGAAUUCUUCUAGUUACUUACAAACCUCUGAUUCGUCAUUUUCAAAAUUAGAACCCUUUGAGAACUUGGGCGAAUUUCGGGACCAAAGUAGUUCAUCACGUGGAUUGAAAACUCCAAAGUACCUCAGUAGUUAUCUUGGAAAAAGCGAUGGCAUGACUAAUUCGUCUCAUUCAUUCCAACAGAUAGCUGAAGUGAUUUUGAGUAAUUUGACAAAAAAGGAAAGGGUUCAUCAACCCGAUACUUAUCGGCCCUCGACCACAAAAACAGACAGUCUUUUGACAAAGUACAGCAAUUACUUACAACCCACACAACUUCCUGCUUAUUCUUAUUCCCUCCAAAAUAAAUCCAAAACGGACCAACAAAGUUACCCCAGCGGAGCUUACACUGGUAGCCAGCGGGCAAAGCUGCGUAAAAUCGGAGGUCCUGUAUUUGAUCAAAUCCGGACUACAUUUGACAGACAGACGUUAGCUGCUGCCGAAAAUUACCAAACGGAAACAGGAAUUAACUUUGAGGUUAAUCUAGUUGAAAGGCCUUCUAAUCAGAAAAAUACAAACGCCAAAUCAGUUCUUAAUUUAAAACAUUUGAGACGGGAAGAAAACUACUUAACAGUGGAUCAGCAAUUGAAAAGAGAUCGUUUUCGUCCGGGCUUGAUUUUAGAACGAAGUUCAGAUUUAGCCAAAAACGGAUUUUCGAAUUCUAUCGGUGAUAAACUUUUAGAAUCGUUAGCAAAAAAAGGUGCUAAUUAUACUCAGCAAUCAAGUGAGGGUGACAAUCAGGGCUAUCAGUAUCUGGACAACAGUUUCCCGAGUGGUAUCAAAGUACAUGACCAAAAGUUUCGUCUUCGACUGCGUUUUGCAUAUUUAUUGCUCUCCUUGGGUGAAAAGUGUGAACACAAGGCGGCGUCAAAUUUAGGGAAAGAAAGGGGCGAUUGCACUUUAGAAAGUGUUGAUUUACACCUCUUGCUACUUGCCCAUUAUUUCCCCAUUCCCCUGACUACUAAUGCUAAUUUGUUCAGGCAUAAAAGUACACUGCCAAUUUUAGACACAGCCUUCCAAAAGAAGGACUCCGAUGCUGUUGGAAAGCGCGCGUCGCAUAUGAUCGAAAUUUGCUCACAAUUAUUACACAGUAGGAAUUAUUACAACAAACAACCGUCUUCUUCUGCAAACCUGGAAUCUGCUGAAAAUUUCGCACCAAAAUCGUCUGGUGAAUACAGAAAUUCUGAGCCCUCGGGACCUUGGAAAAGCGACCCAAGCGUGCAAAACAUACAUUGGGUGAAGAGAGUUAAUACAUUAAAGACGUCUUCUCAAAUUAUUAAGGAGGGACUGUUUCUGCAGUCUGACGAAAAAGUGACAGGCGGGGGUUUGAGAGAGAAUGUUAAUUUGACUCCGUCACAAUCUGAUUAUAAUUCAUUACAGAGAGUAGAAAGCCACCCAAAAGUGACCCCAGAAGAACCGGAACCCAAUUUGGCCGCUGUGGACAAAAAGCUGCAUAAAGUUACUCUCUUCGGUGGUUCAGCAACAGUUGCAAGACAAAAAUUGCUACACAGAUUGAAACGAGAGACAGUUACUUCUCCGAGUUUACCAAUCGUACGUGGAACACGUUCUUCCAACAGGCCAACAAACACUAUUUCACCUACCGAAGGGCUAGUGGAAAGAGGGAGUACUAAGAAGGGGGAGGAGGAGGGGGAGGUGGGGGGAUCCUCUAGCACCAGGAAGGUGGCGUCCAGCACCGUGUCCUCCAGUCGCUUUAUAAUCUUGGCCUUUCUGGGAGUAGUGCUGUUCUUCCUGCUGUUGACUGCUCUCUCCCUCAGAUGCUAUACGAAGCUGCAAAAACGGAAGAAGGAACGAGAGGCAGAGAAAAAGGCGGCGAUUGCAUUCGAAGCACUCGGACAGGGAAAAGGCAACACGAGUAGCAGCAGUAAAUUAGACUCAACACAGAGGCUGAACAACUUCUCAGCUGGGUCCAAACUUGAGGCAACUACAGAUUCGAUGGAGAAAACUUCGCUGUUGCGACAGCAUUCAGUAGACCACUCCCUUCUGUACAAUGUGCAGAACUACAACAACUCAUCGUCUCCAUCCGCCCUUCAGCAGCAGAGAAGGGAGAGCAACUACCCUGGACAGCAAAGUUCAUAUGCAACACCAGGAGGUGGGUACUAUGCCCAGCAGGGGAGCCACCAAUUGAUGAGUCAUCAGCAGAAGGCGCCGUCGAAUGACAAUGUGCUUCAGGUGGACGUGGAGCACUCGAAGAGACAAUUUCCACACAAGACGGGAUCUAUCAGUCUAGAGAAUUCGGGAAAGAAUCCCAGCCAACUAGAACUGUUCCGAAGAGCAUCUCUACUGUCGCAGUCAAGUAGGCGAAGGGGGAGCUACAUGUUCGUGCACAAAGACUCCCUCAGUUCAUUAAAUAUGCUCGGAGUAAACGCGAACAACAACAUUCCUUCGUCGAACUCAUUCUCAUUGAACCCACUGAACUACUCGAACUCAACUUGCAACGCCAAAUCCAGCACCGCCUUGAAUUCCUCACUCAACAGUGGAACUCAACUAACGACUACAGUAUUCAGUAAUGCGUCUCCUAUUCCGACCGAAACACAGGUGAACGUUGGAUUCCAGGCACGGGUUACGAACUCCAGUCCAAUGCCUAACAGUUCGUACCCCUAUUCGUCCAAUAAAUAUCCUCCUGUAGCCAGUUCGGCCGGUUUCGAAAUGGGUAAAUCAAAUACUCCUAUAGCUAUGAGCUCGCUAACAGCGCCAACUAUUUUUGAAAUCAGUUGUUCGAAUCCAGAUUUAACAGAUGAAAAUAACACUGCCACUCAGCCUACAUUGCUGUACCAGCCUCAUCGAAAAAGCGAUUCCAGCUCAAUUGACAAUACUCAGAGGUCUCAGACCAACGAGGUCGCCACAUCUUUAGGCAUACCGAAUGCUCCAUUCAUGUCCAAAUCGCCUUUGAAGAGGUCAAGGUCAGCUUGUAAACACCAUCCUCAUAGGUCGAGGGGAGACUUUUCCUCUCGAAGAAGUUCAGGCAAUGUUGGAAUUGGCAUCAACGAUUACACCUCUCGGCGGAAUUCCGGCAGCUCCUGGAAGGAUGAGCGAAUGUGUUUAACUCCCACACAGCAAAGACACCUUCGAAACUCUUACGCGGCCAAUUUUUACUCUUCAAACUGUCUGAUUAAUAGUCACAACAGCAGCAUAUUAUCAAUGAAUCAACACUUGUUUACAGCUGAAAAGCGAAAUCCAAAACGGUAUAAAAUCAGAAGCGGCAAUUGUGUUUGUCAAACUUGUAUCCGAUUUAUAAAAUUCGAGCACAAUUCUAGUCAGCAGAAUGACCUCCUAAAUAAAAUCACUGCAGUUCCUUACAUGCUAUACAGAUUGCACUCACCCCAAUCGCACAACUACAACUCUUUGAAGCCGAUUAACUUGGCUGGCGUUCUCAAUGACAUCAUGACAGAUUGUUCUAGAAUGUUCGGCAGCUACAGUAGUACUGCAAGUGCCUUCUAUCCUCACAGAACAAGAAUGAGUAGAAGAAACUCGAGCAAAAGAAUCACCAGAAGUCAGUUGCGCCAACUCGCUUCAUUAACUAUGUCUUCCAUUUGAAUUAAUUUUCCAUCCGCUCAAACAGUAAUUUGUUACUCACAAAUUGGUCAUAUCGCUCAAUUCCAAUUCAACUAUUUCCACAUU